AUGCGUCGAUCCAUGGACGUCGACGCGAACGUAUGCGUCGCCGUGACCCUGGCCGUGGCGACAAUGUUCACCGUGGCCCGGUUCUGGGCGAGGUACAUGACCAAGGUCAAGCUCUGGCUGGAUGACUGGUUCGCCCUGGCGGCCUAUAUCACGGCUAUAGGAUAUUCAGUCCUCAUCAUCGCAUGGACCAUCCUCGGAGGCCUGGGCCAGGAGAUGGCGACACUCAGCAUAUCGCCCGCCGAGGCCGUCAUGCGGUCGUCCAUCUUCGUCCUGCUCGUCGAGCUCUUCUACGCCUUCUCCCUCUUCUGCUCCAAGAUCGCCAUCCUCGGUAUGUACUGGCGCCUCUUCAGCACGUCGCCCAUCCGCCUGCCCAUCCAGGUCCUCGCCGCCAUGUCCCUCGUCUGGGUCAUCAUCCGCACCUUUAUGACCAUCUUUCACUGCGUGCCCCCGCAGGCCUUCUGGGACCCGCCCGUCAAGAAUGCGCGGUGCGACAUUGACAACUCAAAGUUCUUCUUUGGCACCACCCUCACCCAUCUGCUCAUUGACGUCGCCAUCCUCAUGCUGCCCGCCAUACAAGUGAGGCAGCUGAAGCUGCGGACGGGCCAGAAGCUGGGCGUGAUUGGGCUGUUUAUGUUUGGCGCUGUGAUAUUGUCGUCACCUUUUCUGUUAGAUACGUCUGGACCCCCUGCUGACCGACACGUCAGUGUCUGCGUGGCAGCCAUCGUCCUCCUCAUCUCGGCGGCGUCCUUGGACAGCCAUUCCCCUGAGAUGCCCUAUGACAUGAUCAACAUCAUGAUCCCAGCGACCGUAGAAGUCAACUUUGCCGUUGUCUCGGCCUGCCUCCCCACGAUACGCCCCGUCAUCCAACGCCUCCUGCCCAACUCGGGCCUCACCUCGGGCGGCCAGAGCAGCACCAACGGCGGCGGCGGCGUACGGACGGGCACGGGCGUCAAGCUCCGCACGCUAGCGACCGCCAUUGAGCUCGAGGACGACAGUUCCACCAAGAACUUUGCCGACCGCAACUACAGCUCCGGCCUGCGGUAUGCCGACGCGGAGACGGGCAGUUCCGGAUCCAACGAAGACGCGCCGCGGCCGGGUCCGAGGACGGUCAUUGAGGCGGGCGCGGAUGAUGGGCAGAGUCGCAGCGGACAGCCCGAGGAUGGCGGCAUACGGGUCAAGAACGAGAUGAGCAUCUCGUACGAGGCGAGGUGA